AUGGACGGAGCGAAGGCGGCGAGCCUCGCCUUCCGCAUCGUUGCGCUUGCGUUGUCGGUGGCUGCCGCCGUCGUGAUGGGCACCGCGAACCAGCUGAUGGUCGACUCGGGCUGGGGCAGAGGGGUCGUCUCCUACAACUACAAACACUACAGCGCUCUUGUAUACUUCGUGGCGGGCAGCGCCAUCUCGGCCGUCUGCGGCGCGCUGGCGCUCUUCCUGUCCGUGUACAGGGGCGGCGGCUCGCUGACCGUCUCGCUCCUCGACACGGCCGCCCAGGCCAUCUUAUUCUCGGCAUCCGGCGCGGCGCUCGCCGCGCGCGACUGCUUCACCGGCGGGACGGACGCGUUGCGCGGGAGGACAGGCACCGCGGCGGCAAUCGGUGUGUGCGCGGCUGCGGCCGUAUCUGUCGCGGCGCUGACCAGAGAUAGGCACAGGAACUGGUAGCGUGAGUAGAUGCGUUUUUGAAAUUUGAAAUGCGUUUUUUUGGCUCUUCUUUUGGACGGUUGAUGCGUAAAUACUUCUAGUUGUUUCCGUUUAAAUGAGAUGUGUGCAUGCAUUUGAUCCAAAUAUGGUUCGGAUUUGUGUGGGCCCGAAUCUUGCAUGUUUUUCUCUUAGAAACCGAUAGUUGAUUGAUCCGUCAUUCGAUUAGAAAGAAAGUGUUUAAUUACAA